CCCAGCCGUAGGGUUUAACACUUGAACUCUCAUUCUUUCUUCUGUCUGCACAAAACCCCUCUAAUGGUCCAUAAAGUAGCCAAGGUAAAACUCUACCAAACCCAUCAAAAUCACAACUUUUCUCAAGGUUUGAUAACUUAACCCUCACUUAAUUUCAAUUUCCCAACUAUUUUAUAGUUAAUUUCAAGCUUCAUAUACAUGUUAAAUUCACUUUUAUUUCUGGGUUUAUGGUUAUUUUAUCUUUAUCAUACAUUUAAUUUUCUCUGCUAUGCGUUUUUGUGCAACUCAUACAUUAUCCCAUUUACGCAAUUUUCCCAAAAGGUUCGGCCUUUUUCACCAUUAUUACUAUGUAAAUCAUUCAGUUUCAUGUGUUCUUCAAAGUUCUGAUACUAGUGAUGAUAAUGUUAGUGAUGGUUCUAGUUCUAGUCAUUAUUGUGAUUAUAAUGUUGUACAUAGAGAAAUGAGGGGUUAUGCUAAGAUGGGUUGUGUUCAAAAGGCACUGGAGAGUCUCAAUUCCAUGGGGUAUGUCGAGGGGAGGCCGUUGGUUUAUGAUUAUAAUGCUUUGAUUUAUAACUAUUUUAAAUCCCGGAAUGUGAUUUUCGAUGAAUUAGGUCGAAUCUAUAUGCAUAUGAAGGAAUCUGGGUUGUGCCCGAAUGCAUUAACAUAUGUUGGCCUCUUUAAUGGAAUGUUAUUGUUGAAUUGUUUGUUGGAUGCGUUGUUUAUCAUUGGGGAGAUGCUUAGGAGUGGGUAUGUACCGUCAUUUACUUCUCUAUCGCGGUUGUUGAAAAGAUUAUUGAGAGGGGAGGAUUUAUUGGGUUCGAGGUAUGUUAUAGAGUUGAUGCUGGCACUGGACUACUUGCCAGCACAACUGUCGUUGAGUAGGUUGAUUUUGAAGCUUUGUAAAGUGGGCAAGAUACAUGAGGCUUAUAGAGUUUUGAGUGGUUUGCUAUGUAAAGGUCAUUUUUGCACUCCGCUUGUAUAUAAUCCAAUUUUGUGGGGUUUAUGUAAAUGUAACCAGAGUUCUAUCGCAUUGUCGUUGUUGUUUUCUUUAAAUAAGAGAGGAUUUGUACAUAAUGUGUGCUCAUACACGGCAUUGGUAUACGGGCUGGGUAAGGAAAAAAUGUGGAAUGGAGUUUUCCAGGUGUUAAGGGAAAUGGAAAUUGCUGGGUGUAAACCAAAUUCAAUAACAUACACUGUCUUAAUUAAGUAUCUAUGUGAGGAUGGGAGGAUUCAGGAGGCUUUUACCAUUCUUGCAAAUAUGGAAAAAGAAGAAUGCUACCCGGAUUUGGUGACAUUUAACAUCAUUCUUCGUGAGCUCUCUCAUCAGGACAGGGCAGUUGAAAUUAGUGAGCUGAUGUCUCUGAUGGAUCGGAGGGGCUUAUCUCCCGAUCCAUACACUUUAACUGCACUGGCUGCUGGCAUGUUGAAGAAAGGAAAGCUAGGAAAUGCUAGUAAUUUUUUGCUUGAUGUUAUUUCACGAGGGUACAAUGUGGAUAUUGCUGUGUAUAACAUGUAUCUACACUCCUUGUGCUUAGAGAGUGGAUACAGAGAAGCUUUAUCUGUGACAAAGAGCAUGGCUAGUAAAGGUUUCACACCGGACACCACUUCAUACAACACAAUUCUGAAAGGAAUAUGUUCUGAAGGCAAUUUUGAUGAUGCACUCAGGUUCCUAGACAGGUUAAACUUAGCUACAGAUGGGCCUGACAUAAUUUCUUUUAACACAAUUUUGUCUGGAGCAUGCAAACUAGGGAAUUCUUCUAUCAUUCACAAGCUUUUGGAUUGCAUGGAAGAUAAAAAAAUAGAGCUUAAUGUUGUAAGCAUGACUUGUUUGAUUAAAUAUUUCUGCAGAGUUGGAAAAAUCUUUGAGUGCUUCAAAUUGUUGGAGAAGAUGGUGGGUGCUGGUCCUACUCCAAACGUUCUAACUUUCAAUGCUGUCAUUGAUGGUUUAUGCAAGAACCACUUGCUCGGGACAGCUUGUAAAGUUCUUAAACAGUAUAAAAACUCAGGAGAAUUUCCUAAUACGAGUACAUAUGAUAUUCUUAUACAUACAGCCUUGAGUGCUAAAGAAUAUGCGAUGGCUGAGGAGUUAAUCACUGAUUUGUACUCCCAGGGAUUGGAACCUGGUGCAGUCGCUUAUAAAUCCUUGGUUAGUGCCAUAUGCAAAGAUGGGAAUAUAUGCGCUGCUCUUGAGCUUUGUAACCGAAUGCUUGCUGAUGGACGCAAGCCUUCAGUUGACAUCUACAAUGUGAUUUUGAAGGCAAUGCUUCAGAAAAGGAUGCUUAAGGAUGCUUUUUUGUUACUAAAGGACAUGGUAAUAAAUGGUUGUGAACCUGAUGACAUGUCACAUGUUAUUCUGAAGCAAGCACUCUUAGAGGAUGCAGAUAAGAAACAAUUUCAGGCCAAAAAUCUACCGGAUUAUAUAGUGGUGUAACUGUAUAAGAGAGUUGCAACUUUAUAUAGUAUUAUGCAGAGUGGUCUGAAGUGUCAGCCUUCUCCGCUUACCCUCCUCGCUCUCCAGAGUAACAUAUGUAAUUCUGAAGCAAACACUCGCAGAGGAUGCAGAGGAGAAUCAUUUUCAGGCCAAGAUCUCCUGGAGUAUGUAGUGGCAUAAAUGUAUAAGAGAGAUGCAUUUAUAUAGUAUUAUGCUGGGUGGUCUGAAGUCUCAGUCUUCUCCACUUACGCUCCUCGCUCUUCAGAGUAACAUAGUGUAAUCCAGCUUGUGAGAUAACUCAUAAAGCAGUAGCAAAGCUAUGGAGAGACAAAAGGUCAACAAAUAAGUGUCAUUCCUUUCUUGUAAUUGGCAAGUUCCUUAGUGGCCAAAAUUUGUCUGUCGCUGCUUUUCAGUGGGAUCCCUUGCUCCCUCAGUUUUUGAAUAAGAUUAUUUUGCAUGUUUAACAGUUCAGAUAUGAUGUCCUUGCCCUUGUCAUGGACUUGACAUACGGAGAGCUUAUUCUUUCUGGUGGACCAUAUCGUCUGCCUUGGUACCGAUUAGAGAAAUUAUGAUCCAAUGGCUUCAGAUGCAGAACUGGAUAUAUGUUGCCAUUUGAACUUCUAUUGAUCUGGUUCAUUAUUUAAAAGUUGUAUCCACUUCAGUGAUGGCUUGGUGGUCAAGAAUUUUCAGGAGAUAGGCGGUAGUUGCUCAGUCAUCCCUAUGUAAUAAAUAUCAUUUUGCUAGAGAAUUGUGUAUACAAUGGUGGCUUGGAAAUAAGCGAUCUUUCUUCAA